UCUCAGAUUAUAGUAGUUUAAAUAUAAUUAAAAUGGAAGAAGUUGAAACGAAGGACGUUUACACGGACACUGUUUUUACAGCUCUCGGCGAUCCUUUGAUCAAAGGGUUGACCGAAGUGGCUAAUGUCAAGCCAAAGGACCCAGUGGCGUUCCUCGCAAGUUUUUUGCACAAUUUUCCGGAGAAUGAGAAACCACGAUUAGGUACGCAGGAAUCCAAUGUGUUAGUGACGCAUGGGCCGCCCGAGGUGGAGAACGAACAACCCCCACCAGAAACGCACGCGGCAUUGUCGCGGAGCGCGACCCGUACGGCAACAAGACCCAGGCCUAUUGACGUUAUCACGGUCGAUCCAAGGACAGAAAGCAGUCCUGAUGCGCCAGAGGCAGCGUUCAGCAGCGCUGAUAGAGUGAGUUUGCUUUCUGUAGUUUGUUAUGUCAGUAGAUAG